AUGGACUACAAAAUAAUCGAGCAAUAUGGUGUGUUAGUGUUUAUUAUCACCGCUGCUUAUAUAUUAAAAAUUAUAUAUUUCCGCGGCGUUGUACGUGAGAAUUGCAAUUUAAUCAUGAAAGUGUUAUUUAACUUGACAUUUCCGUGUGUUAUUUUCAAAGCACUUGCAAACACGCAUACACUAACUCUUGAGUCCUUAGCAAUGUUUGUCUCAGGAUUUAUUUUCCAAAUAUCCAGCGGCGUUAUAUCAUUCAUUCUCUUCAAGUUUGUCCUCAAAAGUGAAGUUUUAUGGCAAGUUCAAUUUGGGGGGUGUAUUGGUCUUAACAUCGGGUUGUUUCUUUUCCCAGUUAUCGAAACUCUAGACCCACAAAAUGGUAUAUCUCUGGCUAUUCUAUUCAAUAUGAGUAAUGAUGUAGCCUGUUACUUUGUACUUCGACCACUUUUUGCUCUUAUCGAAGGCACCAAAGAAUUGGACCCUUCAGAAAAAGACGAUUUAGAAAUCGAAUUACACGAGAAUGUGAUGAAGGAUAUCUCUACCAUGGACAGUACCCCUCCAAUCUAUACUAAAGGAGCUAUCCCAGUCGAAAUAAGUCCACACCCGGAGAAAGUCCAUUCACCAGCCGCACGCACAGACUCAACAAGAACUUCCGUGGAGCUCUCAAGAACUUCGCUUGACUUGACAAGCACCACUUUUAAGGUUAGAUAUGGCGAUAAAGAUAUUCAAGGAGAUAUACAACCCAACUUUAAUUAUAAAGAACUACUCUUUACUAUAUUGAAAGCUAUAGUGACUUGUGUGCCACUGUAUGCUAUGCCUGCUGGAUACGCUGUGGGUCUUACAAACACACCACUUCCACAUUUUGUUACUAAACUGAUUUCGAUAAUAGCAGGAGGGAAUACUUUACUCUCAUUUGUUGUACUUGGACUGUUCUUUGAAUGGAAAAACAAAACAAGAGUCGUUUUCAUCGCACUUAGAGCCGUUAUUCUUCGUGUUAUUAUUGGUGCUACAGUGGGGCUAGCACUCUUCUACUCACUAGCCGGCACUAUUACAACAAUCACUCGUUCGAUUAUUUUAUUGUGUUGCCUUUGUCCCGCACCACUGCUUAACAUUAUAUAUAGUGUGGAGUAUAAAGCCGCACGACUUGAUGUGUCGGCGGCUAUCGUCUCGUUCUCCGUCGUCUCGGGAUUUAUAUCAACACUCCUCUUUAUAAUAUUUGUUGUGCCUAAUUGA